AUGUCGAAAUUCCAGCUCAAAUGGGGCAUCCUAGCCACUGGCGGCAUCGCAGAGACCUUCUCCCGUGACCUUUGGCCAAACCCAGAGAUCAGAGGUGUCAAGGACAUUGAGCACGUUGUCGUUGCAGCGGCAUCGUCUUCGUCUGCGGAUCGGGCCAAGAGUUUCCUGAAAGAGGUCAGAGCACCAGAUACAGCAAAGGCAUAUGGGUCAUACAAGGAGCUCGUGCAAGAUCCCAACGUAGACAUUAUCUACGUUGCGACUCCUCAUAGCCAUCAUUACCAGAAUGCCAGGCUCUGUCUCGAAGCUGGAAAGAAUGUGCUUUGCGAGAAGGCAUUCACGACCAAUGCUGCGCAGACCGCAGAGUUGAUCAAGAUUGCGAAGGAGAAGAACUUGUUCUUGAUGGAAGCUGUCUGGACUCGAUACUUCCCACUCUCAAUAUACGUCCGCGACCUCAUUGCUUCCGGCAAAAUUGGCAACGUCUACAGAUGCAUCGCUGACAACAGCAUUGCACUCGACCCAGAGAACAGCUUCCCAGACGACAAGCACCGCAUGGUGAAUGUCGAUCUCGCUGGAGGAGCACUUCUCGAUCUUGGUAUCUACUCUUUAACCUGGGUGUUCCAAACUCUUUACCACACACAAAAGAACCCUCAGGCACCGAAAGUUGUCAGUCAGAUCAACAAGUACCGCACUGGUGCUGAUGAGGAGACCUCCAUGCUCUUGACAUUCCCACGAGAGGGACUUCCUCCCGCUCACGGUAUUGCAACGACCAGUCUGCGUCUCUCGUCCGACGCAGACAAGAAGGGCACUACUGGUGCAUCCAUCCGCAUAUCAGGAGACAAGGGCGAGAUUCUCGUCUUCCCUCCCGCGUACCGACCCACCAAGACCAAGCUCGUGUUGUUCGACGGUACUGUAGAAGAGAAGGAUUGGCCUCAGCCAGGCCCUGCGAAGAGCGAGGGCUGGAAGAAUGGCUUUGGAGGGGAGUUCAACCCUGACAGCCAUGGACACGGCAUGUUCUGGGAGGCCGACGAGUGUGCGUACGCGAUAAGGGAUGGUCGCAAGGAAGGUCGGUACGAGAGUUUGCAAGAGUCGUUGGUGAUUAUGCAAGUCAUGGAUGAGGUGAGAAACCAGAACGAUAUGACAUACCCGGAGAAGAUUGAGACGACGAAGUAUCCUGUGGAUCUGUAA